UCAAUUUUUUUUAAUGAACGUUGUAAACAUUUUUUUCAGAAAAAUGUCGACCACCGUUGCUCCCAAGCGCCAGGAUCCAAAUGAGUUUCUAAAACAAAUCAUUGGUCGACCUGUCGUCGUUAAACUUAAUUCAGGAGUUGAUUAUCGUGGGGUACUCACUUGCCUGGAUGGAUACAUGAAUAUUGCUCUGGAACAGACAGAGGAGUAUGUGAAUGGACAGCUGAAGAACAAGUACGGUGAUGCCUUCAUAAGAGGGAACAAUGUUCUAUACAUCUCGACACAGAAGCGCAGAUGAUCUCACAGUGCCGUGUACUUAACUCAAUACCUUCCCGCAUCUUCUCCCCGAAGUUGCGCAUUUUCUACGUUUUCAUGUUGGCGCCAAAAUUGUGAUGUUAUGCUAUUUCCGCCAUAUUGUAAAAUUCAUUGAAUUAUUUCGUUUUUUUUUAAUUCCUAGACAUUCAAUUUUCAUUUCCUCUGACACUCUAUCCCAAGUUCUUUUGGAUGUCAUAUCGCAGAGGACUAAUAACAAAAGAUCAAUGUUUUUUAUUUCAG